AUGAAUAACAUCUCUUUUGAUAUUGACAUUCAAAAUAUGAAGGAAAGAAAUGGGGAUGAGGAAAAUGAGAAUAAAAAUAUCGAUAAAAUGAACAGUGAAGUAGUUUUACAAUCAAGUAAAUUAAAAUAUUUAUUUUGCUUUCUUGGAUGCUUAACUUUAUGUGGAUUAAGAACAUCAAUAGUAAGAAAAAUGGCUUUUUCUCCACCAUCAUUAAAAGGAUAUUUAGUUGAGAAUAAUAAAUUUGUUUGUAAUCAUGUUAAGAGUAUUGAAUUUUAUGAAGCAGUAAGAAGAAAUAAUAUAGGAAUAAAUUUCAUAUUAAUAAAAAAACAUUUAAAUAAAAUAGCAAGUAUAUUAAUUUAUAGAAAGCCAUUAAAUUUUAAUAAACAGAUAAUUUUGUUUUCUCAUGGAAAUAGCACAGAUAUUGGUCAUAUGUGCCUUUUUUUUUUGAAUUUAGUACUUUAUAAUGAUGUGAACAUUUUAGCUUACGAUUACAGUGGAUAUGGUUAUAGUAACAAAAAACCAAGCGAAAAAAAUAUAUAUAAAAAUAUAAAAAUAGUAUAUAAACAUUUAAUAAAAGAGUUAAAAAUAAAUCCAUUAAACAUUAUUGUAUAUGGGCAUAGUAUAGGUACAGCUUGCAGCUGUUAUUUGAUUAGUUUAAAAAAAGUACAAGUUGGAGGAUGUAUUUUACAAUCUCCUCUUGCUAGUGGGUUAAGGUUAUUAAUUCCUUAUGAAAACCAAAAAUUACCAUGGUUUGAUGUUUUUAAAAAUGUAGAUAGAUUAAAAAAGGUAUCUCUUUUACCAAUUUUUUUAAUGCAUGGAAAAAGAGAUAAACAAGUACCUUUUAAUCAUGCGGUUUGUUUAAUGAAUAUAUUAAAAGAAAAUUUUGAAAAAAGAAACCUCAAAAAUAAUUCAUUGAAAAAUUUUGAAGAAAAAAAAAAUUUAGAUAAUUUAUCAUUAAUUAAUUUUUGGGCCAUUGAAGAUGCAGAUCAUAAUGAUAUUGAAGAAAAAAAUACCGUAGUUUUUUAUCACAAAAUAAAAGAAUUUUUAUUACUUUGUGAAAAUUUUAAUAAAAAUAAAAAAUCAUAA